AUGUUUUUUUUCUUUUCUGUCAGUGAGCUGUCAGACGGACGGGCUGUCAACGCGAAAGGGCGCAAAAAAUUGUUUACUCUUCAAAGGACUCCGCCAGGACACGCCGCCAGUUUCAUCAUGGGAAUUAAAGGACUUUCGCAGUUGAUCGCCGAUGUGGCCCCGUUCGCCGUUAAGGAGGGGGAAAUCAAGACGUUCUUCGGUCGUAAAGUCGCGAUCGACGCCUCGAUGUGCUUGUACCAGUUUCUGAUUGCGGUGCGCGCUGAAGGGGCUCAGCUGACGUCGGUGGACGGAGAGACGACCUCGCACUUGAUGGGCACCUUCUACCGCACGAUCCGGCUGCUCGAGAACGGCAUCAAGCCGGUGUACGUCUUCGACGGAAAACCGCCGGAACUGAAGAGCGGCGAGCUGAACAAGCGUGCCGAGCGUCGUGAGGAAGCACAGAAAGCACUGGAUAAGGCAACCGAGGCGGGUGCGGUCGAGGACAUCGAAAAAUUCAACCGCCGGCUGGUGAAGGUCACGAAACAGCACGCGAACGAGGCGAAAGAGCUGCUCCGGCUGAUGGGUGUGCCGUAUGUGGAGGCACCGUGCGAAGCGGAAGCCCAGUGUGCGGCCCUGGUUAAGGCGGGCAAGGUGUACGCGACUGCAACCGAAGACAUGGAUGCGCUCACGUUCGGUUCCAACAUCCUGCUGCGCCACCUUACCUUCAGCGAAGCCCGAAAAAUGCCGGUACAAGAGUUCCACUACGAGAAGGUACUGAAGGGGUUCGAGCUGACGGCGGACGAGUUUAUCGAUAUGUGCAUCCUGCUCGGGUGCGACUACUGCGAUACAAUCCGGGGAAUCGGCCCGAAGAAGGCGAUCGAACUGAUCAACAAGCACCGCUCGAUCGAGCAGAUACUGGAACAUCUGGACAAGAGUAAGUACGUGGUGCCAGAGGAUUGGAACUAUCAGCAGGCGCGUCGUCUGUUCAAGGAACCGGAAGUGGCCGAUGCGGCCGAAAUCGAACUCAAGUGGAGCGAACCGGACGAGGAGGGAUUGGUGAAGUACCUGUGCGGUGAUCGGCAGUUUAACGAGGAUCGUAUCCGGGCGGGAGCGAAGAAAAUACUGAAAACGAAAACCAGCGCCACCCAGGGACGGUUGGAUUCGUUCUUCAAGGUACUUCCAUCGACGGCCGGAUCCGCGACACCGAAACGGAAGCAAGAGGACAAGAAACCACUUGUUGGGUCGGCCGCAAAGAAAGCUAAAACAGCAACACCUCGAGGUAGAAAGCCCAAAUAAGGUUCACCAAAUCGCUAUUGAUAAGCAAUGAGUUAUCGGAUUUAUAUAAUAAUAAAAAGAA